GCUAAAACUCAUUUAAUUAAAAUAUAUUUCAACUAAUAAUUUUUUAAAGACUUCAGUAAUAAGUAAAUUUAAUUAAAAAGAUAUACCUGCUUUGUGUUAGUCAAUUAAACUUGCAAUUUUAAAUAUGAAAAUAUAUAAUUUGGCUUUUAAUUUAGUAUCCUAAAUUGCGUUGCUUGCGAGAGCAUUUAAAAAAUAACUUCUAAUCUGUAAAUGGCAUAUGAAGAAUCUCAUUCAGAAAAGUAAUUACUCCAAAUAUAGCUAAAAGUAAUCAUAUUUCAGAUUAUUUUCAGAUAAUUAUAAAAGAAGAAAUCCAAAAGUUCUUAAACCCUCUAAUUGUAGACCCCCAAUUUUGUCUUAAACCUCACUUCCAAACGCUCAGAAAAAAGAAAAACAAAGAAAGAAAAAGAAAAAUAGAACCCUUUUUCAUUUGCCAAAGGAUUUGAUAACAAAUUCUGAAAGAUUACUACACAAUACCCAGAUGGAAUCUUCCCAUUUCUCAGAGCAAUUGCAAGAACAAGCAUUUGAAAUAUUACGCUCAAAUGAUAUCAGACCAAUGGAAACCCUUUUUUCUUUUCUCUUUUCUAAUCAAGAAUCACAAAGAUCUCAAGCUUAUAAUCUCCUCCUUUGUGGUAAACUUCACCACCCAUGUCUUCUCUUUAUAAAGCUUUUAUUCAUGAUUAGAUAUGCCACUGACAUUGAGACCCGUGCAAAUACUGCCCAUGUUCUCAGGUUUGUGCAAGUUCAAAACUUGUGGCCUAAGUUAUCUCCUUCAGCUCAAGUAAAUGUGAAAACCCAGAUUCUUGAUUUCAUUAAAAUAGAGGACUCCAUGUUUGUUUUAAGGAUUGUUUGUGGGUUUCUGUCAGAAUUAGUCGGUGAGAUUUAUAAAUGCCAAGGUGAAUGGAAAGAGUUUCUUGAAUUUUUAGCGGGGUCACUUGCAUUAAAUAUUGAUAAGUUUCAAGAAACUGCUUUAUUGGUGUUUGCUAAUUUGCCUAAUGAUUGUAGGAGGACUAUUUGUGAAGCUUUAUUUACUCGAAUUGAUCUUUUACAUUUGGGGCUUUUGCGUUCAUUGAGUUCAGAAAAUGUUGAUGUAAAGGUCGCUGCUUUUGGGGCUGUGGUUAGUUUAAUGCAUUUGUUUUCAAGCUCCUUAGAUAUUGACAGGUCAAACGACUUGACGCGGGCGAUGAUGAUGGAAGUGUUUGAUUUGUUGAAAUGCAAAAAAGAGGAUUGCGCUCAAAAGGGUAUACAGGAAUUAAUUAAAUUGGUGAUGGAAGAGCCUCAAAUCUUGAAACCUUAUGUGAAUUAUUUGGUGUUGCACAUGCUUAAGAUUGCUGAGAGUGGAGUUCUUAAAGAUGAAACAAAAAAUUGUGCAAUUCAGUUUUUGAUGACCAUGUUAGAAGCAGACGAUUUGGCACCAGCAUUUCAGAUCCUGCCUUCUGAAAGUAUGGCGGGGUUGUUCAGUAUUCCCAUGAGAAUGCUUCUUGCCAUCAAAGAUGAGGCUUUGAUGGGAAGCGUACAGGAAGAUGAUGCAGGGAAGACAGACACCUAUAGCUAUGGACUUAAGUGCUUGAACCAGAUUUCAAUAGUUUUAGGUGGAAAGAAUAUACUACCCAUUGCUUUUGAACUUUUACCAAUUUAUAUGAACGCAUUAGAAUGGCAGAGACGUCAAGCAGGAUUAACCAUGCUUGGUGUGAUAUCUAAGGAGUGCUCAGCUGAAAUUAUAUUGACUGAAGAUUAUUUGGAGCAAGUUGUGAACACGAUUUUGACAUCAUUUCAUGAUUCCCAACCCCAUGUUUGCUGGGCAGCUUUUCAUCUUAUGCAACUAGCUACAGAUUUGAUUGGUGCAAUUCAAAUUAUUCAUCAUCGGAGGAUUCUGCCUGCACUUGUUGCUGCACUUGACAAGAAACAAUAUCCUAGAGUAGAGGAAGAGGUUGCCUCUGCAGUGCUCUCUUUUGUAAAGAGCAUCUCUCGAGAUAGCUUGACUAUAUUCAUCGAUUUGGAUAAUUUAUUGAGAAAACUGCUUGCACUGCUAAAGGAUAAUAACAGAAGUGUCAGAUGCACAGCCAUUGCAUUGCAUACUUUCAAUGUAGUGGCAACACAGCUGCCUGGAGUAUGCAUCAAGUAUUCUGCUCAUUAUCUUCCAAUUUUGUUAGAAGCUUGCACCAACAUGAAUUCAGAAGUUAGAAAGGAAGCUACUGGUGGAAUUCGAAUUUGCGCAGAAUUUGGUGGAUCGCAAUUCAGAUAUUUUAUUGAAAGUGCUCUUGUAAAACUAGGUGGUGUGAUUGCAUAUCCUAACAAAUCCUGUAUAGAGGAUUUAAAGGCAUCUGAUAUUGCAGUUUGUGCUAUUGGAAAAAUAUGCGAGUUUCAUAGAGACUUCGUUAGUGCAGCUAAGCUUGCUCCCACAUGGUUAAACUUCUUGCCUAUUAAAGAUGAUUUAACUGAGGCCAAAGAUGUUCACAAUCAGCUUUGUAUAAUGGUUGAGAGGUUAGACAGGGAACUUUUAGGGCACAAUUAUGAACAUCUCCACAAAAUUGUUGCUGUUUUUCUCGAGGUUAUAAGUCAAGGAAGCAAUUUAGCCACACCUCAAACAUUGAUGAGAAUGAAAGAAUUGCUAAAGCAAAUAUGGCUAAAAUUUCCACAGCCUCUGUUGAACUCAAUCUUUUUAUCAUUGACUGCCAAGCAUCAGGAUGUGCUGGCAGCUGAAGUUGACUUUACAUCCUAAACAUUGCAGA